GAAGAAGCAACUUUUGACCACUUUUCCCAGUUCUUUAUCACUUCGCUGAAACUGCAAUCCUUUCUGUUAUUCUCUUCAAUUGGUUCUCUUUUUCCUCAGGAUCAUUCAAACACACAUAUAUCUAUUACAAAUUAGUCAGUCGACCCACAGAACACUUUGAAAUCGUCCAAGAUGUCUCAUGAAAGUGAAGAAGAGCUUUUAGAUUACUCUGAUGAAGAAAUUAACGUUUUACCGGUUUCCACUUCCACAGAUGGUAAAAGUAAUUUAAAUAAUAAUAAAUCUUCAAUUGGUGAUGAUCAAAGGAAAACUGAUGGCUCAUCAACUGCUGAAGAUAAAAAGGGUUCUUAUGUUGGAAUUCAUGCCACAACCUUUUAUGAUUUCUUAUUAAAGCCCGAACUAAUCAGAGCAAUCAAAGAUUGUGGGUUCGAACAUCCAUCUGAAGUCCAACAAGUGUGUAUUCCACAAUCAAUUCUUGGUACUGAUGUCUUAUGUCAAGCUAAAUCAGGUCUAGGUAAAACCGCUGUUUUUGUUUUAUCUACUUUACAACAGCUUGAACCAUCUCCUGGUAAAAUCUCAACAAUUGUCAUUUGUCACACCAGAGAGUUGGCCUACCAAAUUAAAAACGAGUACUCUCGUUUUAGUAAAUAUAUGCCUGAUGUUCGUACUGAAGUCUUUUACGGUGGUACUGACAUUAAAAAAGACGCUGAAAAAUUGAAAAAUAAAGAAACCUGUCCUCACAUCGUUGUUGGUACCCCAGGUAGAUUACACGCCUUGGUUCGUGAAAAAUUUUUACGUUUAAAUAAUAUUGAAAACUUUGUUAUUGAUGAAUGUGAUAAAGUCUUGGAAAGUUUUGAUAUGAGAAGAGAUAUUCAAGACAUCUUCAGAUCAACUCCUCACCAAAAACAAGUCAUGAUGUUUUCUGCCACUUUGUCUCAAGAUAUUAGACCAAUUUGUAAAAAAUUCAUGCAAAAUCCUCUAGAAAUUUAUGUCGAUGACGAAGCUAAAUUGACUUUACAUGGUCUACAACAAUAUUACAUCAAAUUAAGUGAGGCUGAAAAGAACAGAAAACUAUCAGAAUUACUAGAUAACCUUGAAUUCAACCAAGUUAUUAUUUUUGUCAAAUCAACUGCAAGAGCUAAUGAAUUAAACAAUUUAUUAUGUCAAUGCAACUUUCCUUCUAUUGCUGUUCACUCAAACAUGGCUCAAGAAGAAAGAAUUGCAAGAUAUAGAUCUUUCAAAGAAUUCAACAAAAGAAUAUGUGUUUCAACUGAUGUUUUCGGUAGAGGUAUCGAUAUUGAAAGAAUCAAUCUAGCUAUCAACUAUGAUUUACCAAAUGAAGCUGAUCAAUACUUACAUAGAGUUGGUAGAGCUGGUAGAUUUGGUACCAAAGGUUUAGCAAUCUCUUUUGUUUCAUCAUCUGCCGACGAAGAAAUUUUAUCUAAAAUUCAAGACAGAUUUGAUGUCAAAAUCGAAGACUUCCCUGAGGAAGGUGUCGACCCAUCAACCUACAUGAAUACUUAAUUGUUUUCUCAUCUAUACUUAUCUUUUUAGGUGAUUUUCUUCAACUUUUUUGAAAAAAAAAUUAUUUUGUAUCUCUAAUAUUAAAUAAAUUGAAAAAAUGUUUCUGAUUUUGUUUUCGGUGAAAAUUAAAUCUUAUUAUUAUAUUAUUUUAUUCUUUCAAACUUUCAAACUUUCCGUUUUUAUUUAGUGUUUUUACAUAACUAUUGAUUUAUUUCUCUAUCUUCCCUGUUCCUGUUUACAAUAGAACUUGUAUUCCUUAUGAUUAAUCUCAACAAAUAAGUAGUAAUAAAAAUGGUUACAACUUUUUUGUUCCACACCACACUGAAAGACA